AAGAAAUGCUGCAUACCGCAAUUAUCAUUUAAGACAGGCAAUGCUCGGGCACUCUUGAGGGUCCUGAUGCUGCGUUUGCUGUGUUAGCGUCUCCUUCAUCUCGUCCUCGCAACGCUUCUAGUGCACAGGUUCGACCCACAUCCACAGAGAAAAUGGCGGUUCCUCCAGCAUACGCAGACCUUGGAAAGGCUGCAAAAGAUGUUUUCAACAAGGGCUAUGGUUUUGGAAUGGUGAAGCUUGAUGUCAAAACCAAGUCUGCAAAUGGUGUGGAAUUCAAAACAUGUGGCUCUUCAAACAUGGACACAAACAAGAUCUGUGGGAACUUGGAGACCAAGUACAAGUGGGCAGAGUAUGGACUGACCUUCACCGAGAAGUGGAACACAGAUAAUAUGCUCGGCACCGAAAUCUCAGUGGAGGAUCAGAUCACUAAAGGACUGAAGCUGACCUUCGACACAACCUUCUCACCUAACACUGGCAAGAAGAGUGGCAAGGUAAAGGCGGCUUACAAACGUGAAUACGUCAACGUGGGCUGCGAUGUGGAUUUCGACUUCGCUGGUCCUACGAUCCACGGAGCGGCAGUGGUGGGGUACGAGGACUGGCUUGCCGGAUACCAGAUGACCUUUGACAGCUCCAAGUCCAGAAUGACACGUAGCAACUUUGCAAUCGGAUACAAGACCGGGGACUUUCAGUUACACACCAAUGUAAAUGACGGCACAGAGUUUGGCGGCUCUAUUUAUCAGAAAGUGAAUGAUCAUUUGGAGACGGCAGUGAAUCUGGCCUGGACCGCAGGCAAUAACAGCACCCGAUUUGGCAUCGCCGCCAAGUACAUGCUGGACCCCAGCGCAUCUAUUAGUGCUAAAGUCAAUAAUUCCAGUCUAGUUGGUAUUGGUUACACUCAGACCCUCAGACCAGGUGUGAAGAUCACACUUUCUGCCCUGAUGGAUGGGAAGAACAUUAACUCUGGAGGACAUAAACUAGGUUUAGGACUCGAGCUGGACGCAUAACCCCCCAAUCCACCCAUGAGGAGGUCUCAGUAUGCUGUUUCACUGGGAAAUUACUGGAAAGAAAUCUUUCAGCACGCAUCCCUCUGCAGUUUAAACUCAAACCUUAACUUUGUGUCUCAUAUUAUUUGCUGUGUUUCUUUCAGUGAUGAUUCCCAAAUGCCUCUCUCUCUCUCUCCAGACUGAUGCUUUAGUCUGCUUGUGUUGUUAUUUAUUCUGUCUGGUUAUGGAUGAUGAAAGAAAGAGGUUUGCACAAAAAUCUUGUCAUUAUUUACUUGGCGUCACGUUAUUACAACCUGUAUGCUGUUUUUGUCUACAAGGAAAAAAUUGAAAGAUCCUUUCAAGUGAAUGAUUACUUUAAUGUUAGUCUGUUCCUCACACAAAGACAUCUGUGGCCACUUGCAUAAAUUUCAUUUUUUUUUUCUUUUUUUGUAUGUUUUGUGAAAAUGUGGAUUGGUCUAAUUUAAAUCCAUAUAGUAAGACUGACUAGCUCUAACUUAUUGCUAGUAUUCUCACGGCUAUGUUUAUGUAACCGGUCACAGGUGUUUGGUGCUUUAAUGUUGAAGAUUGGCAGCCGUGAUCAUAGUCAUUAUAUGAUAUAGUUUCUUAAAACAUUUCUCCUAUUGAAUAAAGAACAGCAUAUGGGUUUAGAUGAA